GAAAAACAGAAAGGUACCACCAACAGUUGGAAAAAACACACAGCGAAAUAUCCCAUCUUUUGUCAUCUCCAAUCCCUUCAUUUGCUUCGACAAACGGGGAAGGAAGUGUAACGGAUUUCAUUUUCUUCCUUUAUUAGCCUAUUCAGAUUUUUCUCCUACAAUUAUAGGGAAGCAUAGAGAGGUACCUACAGGCUACACAUGGAAAAGAACAGAGAGUGUAAGCAACCCAUCUUUUGUCACCUUCAAUCUUUUCAUCUUCUUCUGGUAUAGACAACUACGACAAGGAAGAGUCACCCAUCUUCAUCUCUCUCUUUCUCUCUCCAGAAAUACGUUCUAAGUCUCGUCUUUUUUUCUCCCAUUCAUUUCCUUUCUGUGGCUUUCUCCACGAUGAGGAGUAUAGCAUCUUGUUACAGCGAACAUGCCGUUAAGGUGUCCGAUUUGUAUUGCUCGGGCCCUUCAAACCAGCCUAAUCUCUCAACAAAGAUGAUUCCUUCGAUCCCAAAUGCAGUGGGAUGUAUAUACAAAGCCAAACUCUCAACCCAAAAGCAGCUCCUGAUCACGCUCAAUUGGUGCAAUGAACUUAUGGGCCAAGGCUUCGUCAUUAACAUCGAUGACAACGCAUCCUCCCCCUCCAAGUCUAAUUCCAAUUGUCAACGACUGCAAAAGAGCAAAGGCACAAAAAAUUUCCAAUCUUGCAACUCGAAGAUUGAAGUCUUCUGGGAUAUUUCGAAAGCUAAUUAUGAUUCUGGACCUGAGCCGCUGGAUGGGUUUUAUGUCAUGGUUUUUGUUGACUCAGAGCUUAGCCUGCGCCUUGGAGACAAUGAUAUUGAAGACUUAGAAGACAAGAGAUGCAACACAGAAACCCCACACGCAAAGUUCUCAUUGGUUUCUAGGAGCGAGCACUUCUCUGGUAAUGCUGUUUAUUCAACUAAGGCACAGUUCUGCGACACAGGAACACCUCAUGACAUCUUGAUCAAAUGUGUUGGAGAAAUAGGAUCAAAGAGUCCUGUAUUAUCUGUUUUCAUUGACAAGAAGAAUAUUUUUCAAGUGAAUAGAUUAAGGUGGAAUUUUAGAGGGAACCAAGCUAUCUUUCUAGAUGGUUUGUUGGUGGAUUUGAUGUGGGAUGUUCAUGACUGGUUCUUCAAUCCAACAUAUGGGCCUGCUGUUUUCAUGUUUAGGACUAGGAGUGGGUUUGACAGCAGGCUGUGGUUGGAGGAGAAGAAUUUGAAACUGAAGGAACAAGAGAAGGUUGGAUUCACGUUGCUGAUCUGUGCUUGUAAGAAAGAAACCUGAUUGGUUCUUUGUUGGUAAUUUUCUUUUUUAAAAUCUGCUUGCUGGUGAACAAGAAAAUUUAUAUAUUAACACAGAAACUGAUUUAUUAACUGUUUCAGUGAUUUUAACAGCAGAAAGAAGAUAUAUAGUUGGCUAAUCUUUUAGUUUAGAGAAAUAUGCCUUACGUGGAUUUGGGAAAACUGUUAUGUGAGUAGGGAUCGAUACAAUUGUAUAUAGAUUCUAAUAGCACAUGGAACAUAUUGUUG